GGUUGUAACCAAGAGGCAAAAGAGAGCACGGUAGAGAAGACACAUCCUUUUUCAGAGCCUUGGGAGAAUAGUGAUUUGGUGCUUGUGGUGGAAGAUGAAAAAUUCCACGUCCAUCGACAGAUACUGAGCAUCCAUUCACCGGUUUUUAAGGCCAUGCUGGGAACAAAUUUCAAGGAAGCAACAGCCAAAGAGAUCCCCUUAAUAGGGAAAAAGGUUAAUGAAAUAUUGGAUUUCCUGAAGCAACUGUACUUGAAAGAGAGUGAUGGAGUCACAUGUAAGGGAAAAAUAAGCUCAUUUAAAUAUAAUUUAGGUCUUUUUUCCCCACAAAUUAUGAUUAAGAAUUUAACAACUACUCUUAAAUUUUUAUGAAAAAGCUCUAAAGGCGAUGGGAACAACGGAGAUCAAUAUUGACUAAUAACAAUCCGUCAACCGACGAAUACACAAAGAAAGAAAAUGAGUAAGAUAGUGAUAAGAAUAGGAUAUAGAAAAAAAGAUUUGUAAAGGGGGGACAUACAUGUAUCGCAUUAGCCAGAAGUGUCCCCAAAAUUUACAAAAUAGGGUAACCAUCAAGUGAGUAACAUUCCUCACAGAUGAAAAAGAUGAAAUCUGGGUGACCAGAGUCAUUACAGGGAAUGUUUUUUCAUAAUUGAUCCCACUGUGAGGAAGCUCACAGUUGUACACUGUGCAGCGUGAAAUAUUUGCACUGCAAUGAAUAUAUAAUGAUCAGUUAGGAUUAUAAAUUGAGUUUUGUUUAAUUUAUAUUUAGUUUUAGCGUGGUACUGUAAAUAAGAAACUUAAGGAGCUAUUUUACAAAAGGUGUGACCUGUUCACUGAAACAUCAACUUUUUUAUUCCACAGUGACCAAGGCAGAGCAUCUCCUCAAGUUAGCCGACGAAUACCAAACGAAGUCGGUUUUUGAUCUUUGCGUAAAUUACCUGAAAACUCUGCAGAAGUCUAAACAUAAUGCUAUCCGAAUGCUUUUCCUGGCGAGUGUUACUACCAUGGCAAGGGAGGACAAGAGGCUGGAUUGUGUUCGCAGCGAAUGCUGUGGGCUAAUAAAGAACAUGGCACUCAAAGAGAUCUCGGAAAAUGAGUAUUUCCAGAAUUUAGGUAGUGAUAGCCUGCAGAAUGUUUUUGUGGAAAAAGUUCAAAGGUUAGAGAAAUUAAUUAGCGAGAUUCAUCCUCAAUUCAUCGGAUUGGUGGAGUUUUGUAUGUUGUUGUGCUUAAAUUCACCUGAUUAUGAAUCAGAAAUUACUCGUUGUCCUGAACAUUUUUCAAUCAACAAUAAAGCAACAAUAGACCUAAAUUUUCGACUGGAAAGCUGCGCUGUUUGUAGGAGCAUGAUCCAGCAGUUAGUUUCUAUAUCAGAGGGAAAAAAGGCCACAGUGGCAAAAGUAGCCAGGGGUGGUGGGCUUUUUGGAACAACAAACUUGUUCUUAAAGUACGUGGAUCAUCUGUACGGAGGCACCAGUCGUUUUGACGUCAAAUUAAUAUCUAUUGUAACUGAA